AUUUUUUGUUGCCCCAAAAAAGUCAACAAGGAUCCAAUCAAUGAUUGAAGACUUGUGAAGAAGAAGAGAACGAAUGCAUAGCUCGCUCUUCUAGUCUUGUCUUGUCUUGUCUUUCAUGUUGCCCGCCUUUCCUCAUUCACUUGACAUCUACGUCUAGACAGUAGCGACAUACUCACAGCCUCUGCCCGAAUUGUGACCUUUUUCUAUUCCAACGACUUGGGUAUUCCUAAUCGAUAACGGCGCAUCCAUCAUCAUCAUCAUCAUCACCAUACUUCCUCGUCGCCGUCGUGAUUCCGUCACAAAUUCGACAUCCCAAUAUACAUCACCUCCCUUUGUGGUAUCUAGGUGCACCGCGCCUUGCCAUGGUCGUUAUCGUUUGACCGAGAUUCGGAUCGAAGGGAGCGCGCGCGCGGCGCGUUAUUGUUCACGUCACCCGUCCACGGUCACCGAUCGAACCCAUCGACUCUUCCAGCAUCUCUCCAUUGCUGCUAUUCUUCGCUUUGGCGAUUUCUAAGUAGCUAGCCGUCCCCAUUCUUCUACCACUACCACCACCAACACCACAACAUUAGCAACAACAACAACCACCACCACCAUAACCACCGCGACUCACGGCCACGUACCAGCACCGACGUCAACAUGUUUGAGCCAACCCAACAAGACCAAGGCGGCCCCGCAAAGGGGACACGAAGCAGCCGCCGCAGAGCGCGUCCGUCAAACACAGAUGCCACAGUCCAGGCCCCCAAGGCAAAGCGACAAAGGGUGCCCCUACACGAAACCACGGUUGCGAAUACUGAAGCCCACCCAGAGACGGAUACGGACAUGUACGAAGCCAAGUCCGACAAGCUUGCCUUGCUCGACAUCAAGCGCGACGGCAUUGAAAACCUCGGUGGCCCUCGCAAAGAGCUCAGCGUGCGAUCAAAGAAGCAAAAGGCCGGCGAACGGACCGCAAAGGGUGAUGGAAGCAUAGUAUUGACCACAAACAAUGCCUAUACCGUGAGCAAGCUCCCAGCUUUACCCGACCGACUCCGAGCGGAUGCGCAAAAUCGUCAGCACGGUGCCGUCUACUCGACCAGCGGAUACGCCUUGAGCCUUACCCAUACCCAUGCCUUCGUCUGGCCCUAUGCUUCUACCGCCGCCUCGCCUGAGACCUUCACAUUCGGCCUUCCUUAUCCCUCCAAGAAUCCGACCGACCCGCUACCACUUGGCUCGUUGGUUUCGCCCUCGGCUGCCUCCGACGAACCUGGCCUUGUCGUAGUCAUGCCCAUGAGCGGCAAGAUUGCAUACUGGGAAUCCAUCUCGAGCGCCGCCACCCUUGACUUUAUUCGCCAACAACGACAUGGAGUGGAGGACACAAUACCCGGCAUGUUUUCUGGAGAGCAUGUUGUUCAGAUCGUCAACGCCGAAUCCGCCGGUUUUGUCCUCGUUUUCAGCUCUGGCCGUCUCGCUUACUUGAGCGUCCGCGACAUGCAUGGCCGACCCGCCAUUUCUGUACAAUUCCUCCGGAGCAGCCUCACCAAUGCCGUAGGUGGAUUGCUGGGAAGCAUCCGCCAGGUCCUUGGCUCCACUUCUGCGCAUGGGGAUGUCGUUGCCGUCCGCGCCAGCCAUGCCACAAGAGUCGGAGAGCGCGUCAUUGUUGGAGCUACGACUAAGGGCAAGCUCAAUGUUUGGCGCGUUCACAGGGGCGGCCACCACGAUAUCUUGUCCGAUAUCGACUUGAGGAGCGACCUUAUUCACCAAAUACAGGAGGCCGACCCAGCAUCCGCCGGUUUACCCGAAGAGUCUUUUGAAAUUGUCGAUUUCACCUGCGUUCCUCGAGGACUUGACAACAAGUAUGUGGAGGCUAGCCGGCUUAGCGAGGCUUUGGUUCAUGACGAAGAUUCUGUCCAGCAUCUGCUACUACUCACUUCCUUCUCUUCCAGCAAAAGCCAGUCUCACUAUGCCUUGGUCGAGGUUGUCAUUUCUGGCCAGAACAAGAAGGUUGGUGCAGUCCGACCCUUGACUUCUUACACCAGUCCUGUGAGACCCAAUGCGCCCGAGAGACCCAAGCUCUAUCUACCACGCCCUGCAAUGGUAGCUUUCGUUGUCUUCGACCGCGCCGUUGUGAUUGCAUCCAUGGCCGCCCCACCGGAUUCCCCCGAGUCACAGCUUCAAGAAGACAGCCACAUCAUACCCGCCACAUUCGAAGACGUGGUAGACCUCCGAGAUGAAGGCAAUGUGCAAAUAGUAGGCUCAGGCACGGAGGAGCCUACUACUAAUGGCCAUUUCCCAGAUGAGCUUCGAUCGCGACACAGGACAAAAAACCCCGCUGCUGUGUUGUUGGUGCAGGGUGUUGGCACAGUUAGAGUUGCCGUUAGCGAGGUUGAUCGGUUCGCGACCGAAAAGCCGCCAACCAUAAGCGCGAAGAGCAAGCUCGAACAGGCCGUCUUCUUUGGCAUCAAGAAUGACAAUCCGUUGGUGUUCCAAGGAAGGAGCCUGCCUUUCACCGCUCAGGAAAUCGGAAAUGCCGCCAUUGAGCUCAGUCACGAAAUUGUAGCCUCCAAGACCCCGUUCAUCCCCAACGUGCCCGCCUCGCUCGAAAAUAACAUGAGGACCAGGGUGGAAUAUCUUGAAAGGUUGAUAUCCUACCUCAACACCUUGAGGGUGGAUCUGGACGCUCGUACACGGUGGGUGCUGCUCUACGACUCCGAAAAGAUGGCCGUAGCAACGUGGCUUUGGCGGAAGAAUGAGCAGUUUAUUGCCGAAAGGCCAAAGGGGGAUAAACAAAACGUCAUUUCCGAGACGGUGGUGUACAUCAACGAGAACCAAAAGACGGAGCCCAAUCCGGCUGUCGGCGAGGUAGACCCCGUUCGCCACUGGUUCAUUAAUGAUGUGUGGAGACUAGAAAUCUUUAUCGCUUGGGCAUACCAGAUUAUCAAGUACGCCUAUACCGAACGCCUCACCGACGAGAAUGGCAUCAACCGUCUGAUCUUGGAAGCCGCCAUCGUCAACAAGGGCGCCCUUCAGGAGGCAGAGCAGCACCGCUUGAAAAAUGCACGCUUGUACGGUGUCAAUCCUAGGAAAGGCGCCGAAGGCAACGCGAUCCCCGAGCCCUGGACUGCCACUAGUUUCAUCGGUAGCAAUCUCAAGCGCCUGAUUGAAUUUUGUCACGAAUGGCUGGAUAACUACUACUUCCCUUCUCCGGAAAAGGCUUCUGUGGAUGUGAAAAUUCUCAAGAGCAUUCGGGACAUGCUUCCUGCUCUCACCAGCCGAUACUUCACCGCUCUUGACGAGUAUAUCUCGUGGGCUGAGAAGUCUCUCGAUCCUGACACGCGAGAAUCCGGCAAGAGGUGUCUUCAGGAAUACGUCGAAAAUGUUUAUGAGAAGAUCUUACGACUUAAGGACUACGAUCUUUGGGAUGAGGCGAUUGCUUUGGCGCAGGAGCAUCAGGCAUAUGCCGCCCUGGCAGAUGUCAUGGUGCAGCACAUUCUCACUCUAGAGGAGAGUGCUCUGGCCCCCGGCACUUCUGCUACCAAAGCCGAAGAGUAUCGCGCCAAGGCUGAAGACCGGAAGAGGCAGAUGGGCGGUUUUUUCAACCAGUAUCAGGAGAGGUUCGCCUUCCCGGCGUACGAGGCUCUCCUUGACGCUAGCGGCGUUCAAGCAGUCCUCGAGUUCCCCUAUGACAAUGAGGGCUACGCCACUAAAUUCCUCCGGUCCAGGCCCGGAUUAGCCAAGAUCUCUUGGAUCAAUGAUGUUGAAAGGGAGAAGGACAUUGAUCGUGCUGCCGAGACACUGCUUACUCUCGGUCUAGAAGAGCAGCAUGUGUGGAGCAAGAAGAUCGAGCUCAGUCUUGGAAAGCUUGCUUUGCUGGCUGACGAGGCUGAUCAACGUAACGGAGACAGUGAAAUGAGCAACGACUUUUCUAAUAGCAAGGAGGCCAAGCUUGAGAAGGUUGACCAGGCUUUGGAGAUCAUCACGAUCCAGGAUGGCCUGUACAGCCAGAUACGGCCCACCAUUGAAGAAGCCGUGGACGAAAGUGCCGAGUUUGAGCUGGCAAUGCAAUUUCACGGCGCCUGGAUCAAUGGCCAGAAGAAGCAAAAGGCACUUCAAAGUGUCUUUGAGGACGGCAUGCAGCGCCUGCUCAAGCACAAGGCCCUUCAGCCACUUGACCUCAUCGACUUGCUUACCCUUGUAUACCUUGACCCAAAGCAUUUCAAAGCCAUUGGCGACCAAUUUUACCUAGCCCUGAAGGUCGCUAGGCAUGGUUUAAAGGGGGAGGAGCGGCGCAAUGCUGAGCGCCUCAUUUGGCGUCGCUGUCUCAUCCGUGAUGACUGGAAGCAAGUCAACGUUACCAAUCUGAAGGAUGACCAACAUCAGCUGGAAGUCCUCGGUGAGACAGCACUUUACAGGACCUUGUUUGCUGUUGUAGACGAGCAACACGCAAACGAUGCCUUCCGCCCUUGCAUCAAGCCCUCGGAUGCCCUCGGUGUCUACACCGACAGUCUAGACCGCCGCUUCGACGGCAUGGACGCCUCGUAUCGCAACAAGCUCAUGGACGCCAUGAAGGUCGAAGACGCCAAGCUCAAGACCUACAUCGACAAGGCCCGGUUGGACGAGUGGUACAAGACCACGCUGGAGGCGGCCGAAAACACCGUCGCGAUCGUGUAUGGCCGUAUGACAGCCAAGAAGGCGGCUGCUGCGGCUGUUAAUGGAAGCACGAGGGCACCGCUUGAGGCCGCGGGCGCGGUGAGUGAAGGAUCGUCGUUCUGGUAGGGUUGGAAGCGUGAGAUGCUUUUUGGCGUUGCUGUCUGGGCAUGGCUUUGGAUGUAGGACUCUGGUCGACUUGAUGGUAUGAGAGAGGUGGAUGGAGAUGGGUUUGAAUGUAAGACAACCUGAGAUGCAAGCAUUGCGGAAGACCCGUAGGUUGAACAAAAAGAGGAUGGCUAAACUUGAACGUGUUUAUUGUAUUGGUUAGAACCGGCGGUUGUCUUUCAAACAUAUUUUUCUUGCCUUGCCUAUCUGGAUCUUAUGGUUUGGGUCAAUGAGUCUAUGCGGCGUUGGGGUCAGAGUAAAACUAUGUUCGAAAACAGCAUGAGAGCAACACGAAGAGAGAAAAAGAAACAUUACAAAACCAACAAAGCACCAGAAAAUGGGAAAGGGAAA